AUUGCAACUGAAGUAAGAAUAUAAUGUAAGGGACUUGGGAAUGCACAGUUCUGCCGAUGCGUGGUGAGCAUGAGGAACAGUCGUGUUUGGAGAACCAAGGUUCAUUUUCCAGACACUGAAAGAGCAGAAUGGCUAAAUAAGACUGUAAAACACAUGUGGCCUUUCAUUUGCCAAUUUAUAGAGAAGUUGUUUCGAGAAACUAUAGAACCAGCUGUGCGGGGAGCAAACACCCACCUCAGCACCUUUAGUUUCACGAAGGUCGACGUGGGCCAGCAGCCCCUCAGGAUCAAUGGUGUUAAGGUAUAUACUGAAAAUGUAGACAAAAGGCAAAUUAUUUUGGACCUUCAGAUUAGUUUUGUAGGAAAUUGUGAGAUUGAUUUGGAGAUCAAACGAUAUUUUUGUAGAGCUGGUGUGAAAAGUAUCCAGAUUCAUGGUACCAUGCGGGUGAUUCUGGAACCGUUGAUUGGAGAUAUGCCCUUAGUUGGAGCUUUGUCUAUCUUCUUCCUUAGGAAACCACUUUUAGAAAUUAACUGGACAGGACUGACGAAUCUUCUGGAUAUCCCUGGAUUGAAUGGUUUAUCAGAUACUAUCAUUUCGGAUAUGAUAUCAAAUUAUCUGGUGCUUCCCAAUCGAAUCACCGUUCCACUUGUCAGUGAAGUUCAGAUAGCUCAGUUGCGGUUUCCUGUACCAAAGGGUGUUCUAAGGAUACAUUUUAUUGAAGCUCAGGACCUUCAGGGGAAAGACACUUACCUUAAGGGACUUGUCAAAGGAAAGUCAGACCCCUAUGGAAUCAUUAGAGUUGGCAACCAAAUCUUCCAAAGCAAAGUCAUCAAGGAGAACCUCAGUCCAAAGUGGAAUGAAGUCUAUGAGGCUUUAGUGUAUGAACAUCCUGGACAAGAAUUAGAGAUUGAGCUCUUUGAUGAAGACCCAGACAAGGAUGACUUUUUAGGAAGUCUUAUGAUUGAUCUCAUUGAAGUUGAAAAGGAGCGCCUUUUAGAUGAAUGGUUCACUCUGGACGAGGUUCCCAAGGGGAAGCUACACUUGAGACUGGAGUGGCUCACGUUAAUGCCAAAUGCAUCAAACCUCGAUAAGGUGCUAACAGACAUCAGAGCUGACAAAGACCAAGCCAACGAUGGUCUUUCUUCUGCAUUGCUGAUCUUGUACUUGGAUUCAGCAAGGAACCUUCCGAGUAACCCAUUAGAAUUUAACCCUGAUGUCUUGAAGAAGACCGCAGUUCAGAGAGCUUUAAAGUCAGGGAAGAAAAUAAGCAGCAACCCAAAUCCUGUUGUCCAGAUGUCAGUUGGGCACACAGCCCAGGAGAGCAAGAUUCGAUACAAAACCAAUGAACCAGUGUGGGAGGAAAACUUCACUUUCUUCAUUCACAAUCCCAAGCGCCAGGACCUUGAAGUUGAGGUCAGAGACGAGCAGCACCAGUGUUCCCUGGGGAACCUGAAGGUCCCCCUCAGCCAGCUGCUCACCAGUGAGGACAUGACCCUGAACCAGCGCUUCCAGCUCAGUAACUCGGGUCCAAACAGCACCAUCAAGAUGAAGAUUGCCCUCUGGGUGCUCCAUCUGGAAAAGCGAGAAAGGCCUCCCGACCACCAACACUCAGCUCAAGUCAAACGGCCCUCUGUGUCCAAAGAGGGGAGGAAAACAUCCGUCAAAUCUCAUAUGUCUGGGUCUCCAGGCCCUGGCGGCAGCAACACAGCUCCAUCCACACCAGUCAUUGGGGGCAGUGAUAAGCCUGGUGUGGAAGAAAAGGCCCAGCCCCCUGAGGCCGGCCCUCAGGGGCUGCACGACCUGGGCAGAAGCUCCUCCAGCCUCCUGGCCUCCCCAGGCCACAUCUCGGCCAAGGAGCCCACCCCUAGCAUCGCCUCGGACAUCUCGCUGCCCAUCGCCACCCAGGAGCUGCGGCAACGGCUGAGGCAGCUGGAAAAUGGGACGACCCUGGGACAGUCUCCACUGGGGCAGAUCCAGCUGACCAUCCGGCACAGCUCACAGAGAAACAAGCUCAUCGUGGUCGUGCAUGCCUGCAGAAACCUCAUUGCCUUCUCUGAAGACGGCUCUGACCCCUACGUCCGCAUGUAUUUAUUACCAGACAAGAGGCGGUCAGGAAGGAGGAAAACACACGUGUCAAAGAAAACGUUAAAUCCUGUGUUUGAUCAGAGCUUUGAUUUCAGUGUUUCGUUACCAGAGGUGCAGAGGAGAACACUCGACGUCGCCGUGAAGAACAGCGGCGGUUUCCUGUCCAAAGACAAAGGGCUCCUUGGCAAAGUAUUGGUUGCUCUGGCAUCUGAAGAACUUGCCAAAGGCUGGACCCAGUGGUAUGACCUCACGGAAGACGGGACGAGGCCUCAGGUGAUGACAUAGCCACACCAGGCAGGACGGGUCCUCUUCAGCAUAGCUCCUCAACCUCUGCCCGGAACACCCCCUCUCACAGACGUACCAAUGUUAUUUUUAUAAUUUCAUGUAUUUAGUUAUACAUACCUUAGUAGUUUUAUAAAGUUGUUGACAUUUUAGGCAAAUUUGGCCAAUAUUAUCAUUAAAUUUUAUAUGUUGGAUUUCCUCUAGGGUUUCGCCAGUUCCUACAACGUGCAAUAGGGUGGUGGUAGCUCUUGUGUCUGUGGACUCUGCUCAGCUGUGUCCGUAGGGGCCGGAUGUGUCUGUGCUUUACUAUGGCCUUGUUUAUAUAUCACUGAGGUAUACUAUGCUAUGUAAAUAGACUCUAUAUUUUUUAUAAUCUUUACAUGCUGGUUUAAAUUCAGAAGGAAUAGAUCAAGGAAAUAUAUAUAUUUUCUUCUAAAACUUAUUAAAUUCUUGUGACAAAUAAUCAUUUUCAUCUUUGCGGCAAAAAGUUCUCAGUGACCUAUUUUGUGGUGUUUCUUUUUAAAAAGAAAAGCUGAAAGAUUAUUAAAUGUUAGUAUGUUUCUGCCCGUUAUGAAUGAUGAAAUAAAGUAUUCAAAAUAUUAACAUUUUCAUAAAUAUAAGGAUGUAUUACUGAGAAGUUGAAGGGCUUAUGAAGAAAAAUGUUUUAUAACUGAGUAAUAUAAGAUAUUAAGAGAAUUAUGGUUCAUAAAUCAUAUACUAAUCUGAAAUUUCUUAUAUAAAAAUGAAAUCUUAUGUUUAUUUUAAUUGCUGUUGUAACUUACUCAUGAAACAGUAUACAGACACCUUGUACUUUUCCUAGACUAUAAGAACAGACUUUCCAUGUUAGCAAUUAAGCUAUUGUCAAAUAGUCAGUCAUGAGCGGUUAAUUUUCAAUGUUUUCCCAGCCUAUAAAAAAAGGAAGGUGCACGCUGCCCUUUUAAAGGUUGUGAGGUAAAUUGGGAUGAGUAGACAGGAUAUUGCAUUAAAAAUUGGAAGCUCGAUCUCGUUAUAGUCAGGAGCAGCCAGCGUGACCUCACACAUAGGAUGGGGGACGUGUGAGCCAAUGUGCACUGGCCACCACCAGGGUUGGGGGCGCCACAGCUGCAAGUCCAGCCCCCGCUGUUCUCAGCAGCCACUUCCCAGGCUGCCUCACUUUAUGCCGUGACUAACCUUAAUAUUGGGAUAUUGUUAUGCAAUUUUUAUUCUAUUUAGACUAUUAAAAGCAUUUUUAUGUACUUAAGAGUCCCCCAGACCUCCUGUGAGGUGAGGCUCUGUUGCAGUGUCUGUAAAGAAAGGAUGCACAUAUGUAGACGAUUAAGUGUAUAUUAUAAGCUGUAUACUGAAAAUGGCUUCCAUAGCCAUGAGAACAUCUUAAAACUAUGUAUAAAUAUAUUAAGGAAAAUAGAGCUUUGUAAUUUAAAUUGGAGCUCUUAGCUUGUUUAAUGGAACUGCACAACUUGUGGGUAACUCACAUGACCAAACAAACCGAAGUGCCUGUGACGGAGGCCGGUGGCCAGUGGCUGUCUGCCCACCCUCCCUUCUAGCAGAUUUAGAUUUUGCUUCCAUUUGUAACCUACUCUUGGCGGGUGGCUGUCUCCCCACCCUCCCUUCUAACAGAUUUUAAUUUUGUUUCCAUUUAUAAUUUCCACUUUGAACCAUGGGUUUACUUAGAAUGAGUCUGUAGCUUCACAGCAUAUUUCAUGUAAUCAUAAAGACCAGUAUAGUCUGUCUCCUACUGAAUGACAUUUGACUGUAAAGCCUCUUGAUAAACCAUUUCCAAUGUUAGUAUAUAGGAUUCUUUGGGAAGCAUAUCAGUACCUUUAUAGACACAUAUGUACGUGUAUGCACACAAAACAUUUAUGGUAUUUAUGGAAGACAAAUAAUAACAUUAAAUCUAGUUGCUUUCCCAUAGUAUGAGAUUUGUUGAAGGUUUUUUACAAAUCAGGUCUAUUGAAAGUCUUCUGUCAUAAUCUAUAAAGAAGAAGCACUCAUUGAAAUUGUAGCAUGCCAGUAAUUUUUACCAACAUCCCAUCCAUCUGAGUUCUGCAGUCCUGUGUGUAACCCGCUCUGUGUGUAUUUUGCUUAAUGGAAGGCUUUAUUUAAGCACUUAGGCAGAGUAGACACAAUUAAAGGUACAAGCCCAGAGGAAGGUUAAGCAGCACCAUGCCUGCCCUGAGGCAGUGGAGUCGGAAACGCUGUCUCCAGGGCCUUGAGUGCCUGGAGGUUCGUGGCCUCCAGUAGCCGGCUCCUUUCUCUUUGAAAGAAAUGAAGGAAGGAAAGGGGGUGAUUCUGAGGCACUGAAGUACCUCCCAGACGUGGAGGGGAGAAGCCACCCUCGAGGCCACACUCAGCACUCCAGGAUCCCAGCGAUGUCAGACACUCUUGAGUUCUCAGAAUGUUAAUUUUCAGUUUUAAAUAAUUAGUUUAAGAAAAGGGAAUUUUAACUUUUCUACCUUGAGUCAAGCCAAUGAAGGGAAAAUGAAUUAACUUAGUAAAUUUGAAGUGCAGCUCUGUUAGCUCGUACAUGUGGGUUCUUAUCCUGAUCCUGUGCCUUAAAGUAGGAAGGUGUUUCCAAGUUCAGAUUAAAACAGAAGCAGCUGACUGGGCCUGGUGGCUCACACCUGUAAUCCCAGCACUUUGGGAGGCCAAGGUGGGCGGAUCACCUGAGGUCAGGAGUUCAAGACCAGCCUGGCCAACAUGGUGAAACCCUGUCUUUACUAAAAAUACAAAAAUUAGCCAGGCAUGGUGGUGGAGUGCACGUCUGUAAUCCCAGCUACUACUCAGGAGGCUGAGGCAGGAGAAUCACUUGAACCCAGGAGGUGGAGGUUGCAGUGAGCUGAAAUCGCGCCACUGUACUCCAGCCUGGGCGACACAGUGAGACUCCAUCUCAAAAAAUAAAUAAAAUAGAAGCAGCCUUGUAACUGUAUUUACCAUGAUAGUAUAUUCUGCACGGUAAAAAUUCCUUUUACAGACAUUCUUUAUCAAGAGGUCGGCCCUUCUUUUUCAGGCACUUAAGCCAAAUGCAGACCUGUGUGUAGCUGUGUGUUUUCUUCUGUGUUUGCCGCAUUUAUUCCACCUCCAGCUGGACCCCCCACUGCAAAUAGAGAACAACGGUGGGGGGUGCAGGUUAAAAAGUAGAGAAUGUCCUUUCUGUUCAACUAAUUUCACGUGACAGUGCAUGUAUUUAUUCAAUAAAACUUUUACAUUAGCUCA